UCCCAACCCCUAUCCCAACAGAGACAUGCAUAGCAAAAACCAGCGCCACAGCUCCUCAGUUUCCUUCCAGACCCCUCUGGUCUCCAUGAAGCCCAAGGCCCCCACGGUGGCCUCCAGCCCCGGUGACAUGCUGGCCUUCAGAGUCCCCAAAGACUACCCCCACUCCCGGUUCACCAAGGCCCCGCUCGCUGUGUACCCUCCCAAAGGAGCUCGCAGCAAGACCUGUGUUUCCCUUCCGGUCGUGAGCCUGGAGAAGAUGCCCUGCCUCAGCCGAGCCAACGCAACGUCACACGUCCGGCUCACCUCCUCUUCCUCCCUCUCCCCUUUCUCCUCUUCCAUCAAACCUCCCUCUCUCGUUCCCUCGGCCUCCCAGCGUUCUGCCGAGAAACACGUCAACGGUCGCGCCCCCAGCGGUCCCUCCACCCCGCGCUCCACCACCCCUCUAUCUGCUCCGGACCGGCGGCCCAGCCCGGCACGCUCUCCCCUGGACAAGCGACCGUCAUCGUCAUCCGCACCCUCUCCCUCCCAGCUGGACCGCCGACCCUCCUCGUCGCCCUCGCCCGCUCAGAGGUCCGCCGUUCUGCCGUCUCCUCAGUCUUCGGUGAUGACGACGGGGAUGACACUCGAGAGGAAACAACAGAACGGAACAAAGGUUUCCUCCAGGUCGCACAAAAGACUCUCAGGGAGAGUGUUUGACCCUAACAAACACUGUGGAGUCCAGGACCCAGAGAGUAAACGGCCAUGCACGCGGUCUCUCACCUGCAAGACCCACUCCUUGACUCACCGCCGAGCCGUCCCUGGCAGGAGGAAUCAUUUUGACGUCCUCCUGGCCGAACACAAGGGGCGUGCGAAGGAGAAGGAGGGAGCGAAGGAGAAGGAGAAAGAGAGGGAAGGAGUGCAGGGAAGGAAGGACAGUGGCAGCCAUAGUGUGACUUCACAUGAGACCACAUCUCCCAGUAAGCCCCACUGCCCCAACGGCCGACCCCUGUCCACACUGAAACUACGGCUGGCAAACGCACACAUACCAAGGGUCCCAGGGUCAACCUCCGCCUCCAGUCCUCUCCCUCCGGCACCGGCCCCAGUACCAGGCACAAACCCAGACUCCUCUCCCCACGGCUGGGUGAGGACGUCUGGAGACAGCGGUCGAAUCUCCAGUGACGAUGGAGACACCGACACCCCUGACGAUACAGACCGACCUACCUGUCCUUACUCCACACGCCACCCACAACCACUGGGGUGUUGUGUGUACAGUAGCAGGCUGAUGGGGCGGGGUCACUAUGUAUUUGACCGACGAUGGGACAAGAUGAGGCUGGCGCUCCAGACCAUGGUGGAGAAACACCUCAACGCACAGAUGUGGAGGAAGGUGCCCCUGGCCGCCGAGAGCCCCCUCUCCUCCGCUGUCACCCCCCAACCGCCUGCCUCUCCCUCCCAUACCCGGCUAACUCCUCCUCCGCCUCCCCUUCCCUCCCCCUCCUCCUUCCCACCUAUCUCCGACCCCUUCUCCUGCUCCGCCAGUUUCCCCCAGUCCACAACCACAGCUGGGGCGUUCAGUGCCCGGGACCCCCCGAAGCCCCUGGCCCUGUUUACAACGCCUGGGAGACCCCGCAACGGCACCCACAAACCCAGCCGCCCCUUUAAAGAGAGGGAGGAUUCGUUAGCGGGAGCCAAGAGGGGGAAAACUGCUUCGUUCGCUUCUUUCUCCUCCUCCUCCUCUUCCUCCUCCUCUCCGAGCGGGGACAACCACAAGAAAAAUGGCAGCAGCUAUCAUCCAGUGUUCACAGCUUGCGGGGAGAGGGCCGUCACCCCAGGCCGCAAAAAGGGACUUGUGCGGGAGGGAAGCAGGCAGGAGAGCGGGGCGGAGGACUGGCGCUCCAGGGCGGAUGGACUACAAAGCUACAGCGUUCACAAAAGCAUGGAGUCUAAUGCCAUCAGCACCAGCAGCGUCCUCUACUCGCCCAGCAAGGAGCUGCCCUCCACUCCCCACCGGCCCCCGCCUCCCCCCUCCGCAUCCUCAGCCUACAGAGGCGGAGUGGACGGGAGGAAGAGGAGGAGCCCCAGCUGUUAUGGGGGGAAGGCCAGCAAGAUGAGCAGGGUAGGUGGGAUGGAGGGCUUUAUCAGGAAGGAAAACGGCACUGGGGGGGUACCAGCGUCUGGGUCUGAUGUCCCAAGACAGGCCAGGUUGCAUCAAUGACAAAGACCUGAUUCAUAAUAAAGAAUGUUAGGCAGCUGUGCAGGCGACCACUGUUUGCGACCUUUGACCUCACCACGCUUCCACAGAGGGGCAGCCAAUCACAUUGCUCCAUUUUGGCGACGUCACACCAUUUAUCCAAUGAUGGUGCUUCACACCCACUUUGACUUCUGGGUAAUGAAGUGUUGGUCGGGUCUUUCUUCACUGGUCCCCCCCCCCUUCCCGCCCCCAGUUAUGACAGCAUAUGGAUUAGUAGUUCCUUCUGCUGUCAUGCGCUCAACUUCACCCAUACUCGCGGAACAUUUGAUGGAAAGCUGCCGUGGGUCAUUAUGGUUAUGGUCUUUUCCAAACAAGACACUGA